GUGACUGACGCAUUCACUUUUCUUGGUCUGCGUCUCUGCGAAUAAGCCUUCCACACUCCAUUCGACGCCGUCUACCGCUGUCACCCCUGCGUCGUUGCUCUCCGGCGAGUAUCAAAAAAGGGUUGCUCUGAUGGAGGACACCCAAGAAUUGGAAAAUAAGGCGCAUGAAGGAGUGAUUUCAGGCAAAGAACCACAAAAGAAGGACGAAACCCUUGAUGAAGUGCUUUCACGGCAUAGGAAAGAGACAUCGCAGCUGCAGAAGAAGGAAAUUGAACUGAAAAAGGCAGCAGCUAGAGGUAGCAAGGCUGAGCAGAAAGCCAAGAAAAAGCAAGUGGAGGAACAGAUUUCUCAACUUUCUGCCAGACUUAAGGAGAAGCACGCAGAAGAAUUGUCUAGGUUAGGCUUUAGCAGUAGUAAUGGAAAUGAAAAGAGCAAUUUGGAUAGUUUGGUGAAGGCCAUAGCUGGAGUCUCAGUUACCAGUCAACCUGAUCAUUCAAAGGUCAGCAAGGCCAAACAGAGGCGAGACAAGAGGGCUCAACAGGAAGUAGAAAGGGAGCAAAGAAUCCAAGCUGAGCAGGAUGACGUUGUAAGUGACCGUGUGGUUGAAAAUGAGAAGUUGGAAAGAAAGCUGAAGCCUCUUGGUUUGACGGUCAAUGAAAUAAAGCCAGAUGGACAUUGUCUUUAUAGAGCUGUCGAGGAUCAGCUAGCCCUCCUCUCCGGGUCCACAUCUCCUUAUACAUACCAGGAACUUAGAGAAAUGGCAGCGGAAUAUAUGAGAAAGCAUGCACCUGAUUUCCUUCCAUUUUUCCUGUCAGAGAAUCUGGUAGAAGGUGAUUCCGAUGAAUCACUUGCCCAGAAGUUUGAAGAUUACUGUAAAGAGGUGGAGUCAACGGCAAUGUGGGGCGGACAACUAGAGCUUGGUGCCUUGACUCACUGCUUAAAAAGGCAUAUUAUGAUAUUUUCAGGCUCCUUCCCAGACGUUGAGAUGGGGAAAGAGUACAAAUCUCAAGGCGGCACUGAUUCCUUGAAUUCCAGUAUCAUACUUUCAUACCAUAAGCACGCAUUUGGACUAGGUGAGCAUUACAAUUCUUUGGUUCCAGACACGAUAAAAUAGGCAUGAGGAUGCUGAUACUCGUGACUUGAUUUGUAGUUAAGCUUUUUAGCGGAACAAUUUAUGCUUGAAAUUGGAACUACUGAAUCCCAAAUGGGUAUAACUGUACAGUUCUGUACCGUGCUUCCCAGCGGGCAAUAUAUCAGUUAAACGACGAUGAAAUUCUCAAUCCAGCCGAUUCAAGUAGCUCAAACAUUGUACAACAUGUUACUUUCAUUCUAGUAAUGGAUCAGUAAUUUUAGUGUCAGAUUCGCCAGUGUCAUCGAAGUUUGUAAAGUCUGUCACAUGGAACCGCAUGAUCGAGACUUGAAGGCAAACAACACAUUGUACGAAGGUUCCAAUUGAAGAAUCCAUUGAAAAAUGACAUGUGGUCUUUACAUG